CACAGGAAGGUCACACCAUCCCCCACCAUCAUCAGAGGGAAGAGCUGAAAUACAUCAAAGUUGAAACUGAAGAGGAAGAAAAGAUGAUCGUUAGUGGAGAACAGCAGUCUAUGGAGAGCGUCUAUCCUCCGUAUUCCCAGGACUUCACACAGGAAGAUCCCAGCAUCUCUCAGGAUGAAGAACUGAAAGACAUCAAAGUUGAGGUAAAAGAGGAAGAAGAAGAGACGAUGGUGAGUGGAGAUCAGCAGUCUAUGGAGGAGCGGGAGAUGAUUAUGAAAAGUGAACAAGCGGAAUCUUCACUUUAUAUCGACACAAGUGGACACCACGUCUCGAAAAAUAUAUCUUCAGAAUAUAAAACCACAUCACAAUGUUCAUCAGGAGUAAAACGCAUUACACAAAUAAUACAUCAUAAAACCUAUCAAAUGGAGAGAUCCUGGGAUUUCUCUGAUCCUGAGGAAUCUUCUGAUGAUCCACAUACUAUUAUUAUUGAAUCUCACAGUACAGAUCCAUCUAAUCCUGAGGAAUCUUCUUUAAACCAUGAAGGUAAGCUCCCCUUGUCAAGUACAAUGUCUGGGAAAUCUUCGAAAGAAACUGGAGAGCCUCCUAUACAACGUUAUAAGCCUUACUCAUGUCCAGAGUGUGGGAAAUAUUUCAACCAGAAAAGCAACUUAAUCAGUCACCAGAGAUCUCACACAGGAGAACGUCCUUUCUCAUGUUCUGACUGCAGUAAAUGUUUUAUUAACAAAGCAAAUCUUCUUAAACAUCAGAUAAUUCAUACCGGUGAGGGUCCCUUUUCGUGUUCAGAGUGCGGGAAAGGUUUUACUCAGAAGGGAGGACUUGUUAAUCACCAGAGAAUUCACACAGGAGAGCGUCCUUUCUUGUGUUCAGACUGUGGGAAAGGUUUCAUUCAGAAAGCAAGCCUUGUUAAACACCAAAGAAUUCAUACGGGUGAGCGUCCCUACGCAUGUUCAGAGUGUGGGAAACGUUUUAUGCAGAAGGAAAUACUUUCUCAACACCUGAGAAUUCACACCAGUGAGCAUCCCUAUUCAUGUCCAGAGUGCGGAAAGUGUUUCAAAGAAAAAGGAAACCUUCUUAAACACCAGAAAAUUCACACAGGUGAGCGUCCUUUUUCAUGCUCAGAGUGUGGGAAAGGUUUCAUUCAUAAAGAACACCUUCAUGUACACCAGAGAAGUCACACAGGUGAGCGUCCUUAUUCAUGUUCAGAGUGCGGGAAAAGUUUCACCCAGAAAAGUGGCCUUGACCGACAUCAGCAAAUUCACGUAGACUAAGAACCUUUUUUACAUUCAGAUGGAGAAUCGGGCAAGAGUGACCACCAGAGAACGUGUGUGUCCUACCUUGUAUUUAGAAAGUGAAACAUGUUUCGAUUAAAGAAGAUCACUUAUUGUACACCAGAAUAUUCACAAAGCCUAAUAUUCUUUUUAUGGUCAAAUCGAUGUAUUUGGAAACAUUGCACAAGUAUAAUGGUGUUCUUCGGGUGUGAUGUGAUGGAUGUAGGUUUGGGGGAAGUAUAAUAAUAUGGUCCUCUAAACAUACAAUGCUGCCUGGGUCCCACACUCAAGGACAUCACCAUAGUACUAAACUGUGCUAAUCCAUGGGCAAAUACGGCAAUCCAAUGGGCCAAACUUUUAAUUGGACUCUUGUUUUACUGAAAAUAAUAGCUUUUCAUUGGACCAACUAAAGAAUAAUUAUU